GUUUCACGCAACAUUAUUUCGAAUUAAAUACAUAUUUGUAUCUUCUAUUGUUUUUUUGUGGGGAAUAGAUUAAAUGUUAAACGUGUUUUAAAACGUCACCAUGGUGACAACCAAGUACUGUUACUGCUGCUGCUGUAGCUAGUUAGAAAACUAAACUACAUUAUUUGAUUAUCAUAAAGGUAGCACAGUAAUUCAACAAGAGAAGCGUAAGAACUCUAGCAACUAUUUUUAGCUUGUUACGUAAUUGUUGUUUUUGUAGUUGCGGCAAAUGCAUCAUCAAACAAGUUAGCUAACACGUUUGCGUAUACUUUUUUUGGUUGCAUUGACCCACGCCAGAUCAUUAGGAUGUCGCUUCCAAUAUUUGGUGUUGAGUUGCUCAGAGUUUGUACAGUGCUGCAGGACUUAGCUGACCAGCUGUCAGUUCUGGGUCACAUCAUGCCCGACAUCUACCGGAGAUGUCCAGAAGCUGCUAUGAUGUUGUCAGCCGAUAUUGGACAGGUCUUUGAACAGCAGAAAGGUGCAGAGCAGAACCUGAAGGCAGCCCGUCAGUAUCAGGUAGAGGCAAGGGAAAUACAAGACGCCACCCGUGAGCUGCAUAGUUCCCAAAAAGAGCUAAACCGCGCACUAGAUGAGAACUCAGUCUCUCCAGAAAUCCUGGCCAAGGUACAGAAAGACAGGCAGUUUGUCGCUAAGGUGAUCACCAAUGUGUUGACAGAACUGCAAGAGAAAGGGACCUACAACAGCUUGCUUUUGGCUGUGGAAGAAGAGAAAAAAAGGAAGGCCAACCUACAGGACAUAAUUAUCAGGGAGGAGGAGGGACGUCAGAGGACCAAAGCUCUUCAGAGACAGCUGCUUGACAUUCGCAAGGAAAAGGCACUUCAGCUGCAGAGACGCAAGGAGAUGAUUGCUUACUUGAAAGACCAGUUACAGGACAUGAAGACUAAGACUGCACGGGAGAAGAAGUAUGUGAAGAACAGCACAGAGCUGCUGGUGUACCAGGGACAGAAGCUCAACAGAUACUCUGAGAAGCAAUUGGAGGAUGAGAUCAAUCUGUUGCACAAGGGGUUGGAGGAGGAGAAGAGUGUUCAUAUGAAAAUGGAGACCUUCCUUAAGGAACUUCAAACAAGUCUGGGGGAGAAGCUGGAGGUGUGGAUGGAGCGCUAUGAGAGAGACAUGGAGGACAAGCAGCAGGAGCUCAACAACCUGCAGCACAACAAGGCUAACAAUCUUUCCCAGUUGCAGGAGCUGGCCAAAAAGUACAGAGACAGUGAGCUGGUGGUCAUCGAGGACAGAAUGGAGAAAGAGGCCAUACACAGGCAGCUAGAGAAGGAACAAACAGAGCAAGAUGCAGCCACCAAGAUCCAGUCGUGGUGGCGGGGGACUUUAGUGCGCUGUGGCCUGGGCCCCUUUAAGAAGGGCAAGAAGCCCAAGGCGGGCAAGAAAGGAAAAAAGAAAAAGUGAGUCUCAUGAGCUCCAGUAGAAGGACCCCCCUCAAAGAUUCACCUUUCUACAUGUGUUUUUAGAAACUUGUUGCUUUUAAUUUGCAUGAAGUGCCUUAUCACAGAUUAAGUUGACAUUUACCCAUUAGUCAAAUAAAAUGUCAAAUACA